CAGGAGAGAGAGCGAGAUGCAUAGAGGGAGGGAGAGGAGAGGAGAGGAGCGUGCACACGGCAACCUGCUGGAGGGCUCACAUGGUCCUGCCGCAGCUGAGCUCUCACUACCGGGACAGCCCUCGCUGAACUCGGAAGCCUCAUCUAUUGUUGUUUACAUUUUCAUCUUUUCUUUCCCUGUAUCCCUCCUUCCCCCUCCAGCCCCCAGUGUUUCGCAGCGCCAUGGCUCGGGAGAACGGAGACACCAGCGGGGGAGAGACGUGGAAGAAGCAGGUCGACGACAUUAAGAAGAUGUUUGAUUUGAAGGAAGUGCUCGGGACAGGAGCCUUUUCGGAGGUGGUCCUGGCCCAGGAGAAGCUGACGGGUCGGAUGUUUGCGGUGAAGUGCAUCCCUAAGAAGGCUCUGAAGGGCAAAGAGAGCAGCAUUGAAAACGAGAUCGCCGUGCUGAGGAAGAUUAAGCAUGAAAAUAUUGUGGCACUGGAGGACAUCUACGAGAGUCCGGAUCACCUCUAUCUCAUUAUGCAACUGGUGUCCGGUGGUGAGCUCUUUGACAGAAUCGUCGAAAAAGGCUUUUACACCGAAAAAGAUGCGAGCACGCUCAUCCGGCAAGUCCUGGAUGCUGUGAACUAUCUGCACAACAUGGGCAUCGUGCACCGAGACCUGAAGCCGGAGAACCUGCUAUAUUUUAAUCCCCAGGAUGGGUCAAAGAUCAUGAUCAGCGACUUCGGUCUUUCUAAGAUGGAGGGUAGCGGUAAUGUCAUGUCCACUGCCUGUGGUACACCAGGAUAUGUCGCACCAGAAGUUCUCGCCCAGAAGCCAUACAGCAAGGCAGUGGACUGCUGGUCCAUUGGAGUGAUCGCCUAUAUCCUGUUGUGCGGGUAUCCACCGUUCUACGACGAGAACGACUCCAAGCUGUUCGAACAGAUCCUCAAAGCCGACUACGAGUUUGACGCACCCUACUGGGACGACAUAUCAAACUCCGCCAAGGAUUUCAUCAGGAACCUAAUGGAAAAAGAUCCAGCCAAGCGUUUCACUUGCGAGCAGGCUCUUCGACAUCCCUGGAUCGCCGGGGACACAGCUCUCUGCAAGAACAUCCACGAGUCUGUCAGCCGGCAAAUUAGGAAGAACUUUGCCAAGAGCAAAUGGAGGCAAGCGUUCAAUGCCACGGUGGUGGUUCGCCACAUGAGGCGGCUGCAACUUGGCAGCAGCACGGGGAGCGGCGUGGACACCAACAACCCCCACGCCAGGCCGAGCCAGAAGCUGGCACAAGGUCCCGGCCAGGCGGACCGGAACCGGUCGGCUCCGAGCCAGAACGCCGGCUCGGCCGCGAGCCAGACUUCAUCCUUCGACAACGUAGCAGCGCCACGGAAGGAAUGUGUUCCCACGCCUGCCACUCCCUGCAGCCUGGCCUCCGCAGCCGCUUCUCCCGCGGCGGGGGCCGAGCUGAGCCGACCGCACCCCUCGGCCGUUCCCGCCCCGGUGCUCACGGAGACCAAGUGACGCCAGGUGUCGCGGGGGACCAGCUGGGAGGCCACGGCGCUGUGAGGCGGAGGGACGAGAGCAGGAGAGGGAGAGGAUGGUCCUCUUGGUUCCGCCUUUCGUCUCCUCACUAAACUUCUUCAUGGAAGUGUCCCGCCAACACCGUCCUCUUCCUCCUCUUCCUCCUCCCCCCCAAGCUGGUUCCUCGCCCUGCUCCGAGAAGAGCAGAGACCUCCAUUUGUAAUCACACAGCGCCACAGUGUGUGCCCACACGACAUCUCUGACUCUCGCUGAGCAUGUUUGUCAGCUUGCCUGGCGCUGGAUCACAUGAAUCAAUGUCAACUUCCCUCCUGAAUCUCAUCUUUCCUUCACUAAUCUAAUUAUCUGGAUGUUUGUUUUUUUCUUUUAACCUUCGGAUUGACUGUUGGCAACUGGAAUGUUUUCAUUGUUCUAUUCGUGCGGUUCAUUUAGAAGGAGGUAUUUGUACUUUUCAAAAGGCCAUCAAUGUCUAAUUAGCAGGAGCGUUUCUGUUUAAAAAAAAAUAAUAAUUAAAAAAAAAAAAAAAAAAAAGAAAAAGAGACCAUUAUCAAGACGAUCAGUCGUCACUACCUCAUGCUAAUGACCAGUUUUUGAAUUGAAAAGCUUCUCCCGAAAUGGAGUCCAGGUGGUUUUCCAUAAUCCACAGCUAGCUUUGUCUGCUUCAUCCCUCCGUCUUUGCUUUGACUCAUCUCUGCUCCCGUUGCACACCGAGUUGAUUGUUUUUCAUUCAUAUUUCAAAUGGUACACAUGGCUUGUCCGACUGUGUGUUUGUGCUUUAAGAAGUGCUUUAAAAGUACCAUAUGACUGUUGAGAAAGGAAAAUACGAGUUAGUGCUUUAUGUAUUUUGCACAGCGAGAGUCCAGAUACGUUCUCAGACGCAGAUUAAACGCCACCCACUGAUGUUUAUCAGACAGGAAGAAGAGAUUUUAUCGAGCAUUGUACUUCUUUAUUAUACUCGUUACUUUUGAAUGUUUUUCUGACUAUUGCCCUUAAAUGGACUCGUUCAGGUUACUAUGAAACAUUUACAAAUGUACGCUGUGUGGACAAAAGCCUUGCGACGCCUCUUAAUCGAUGACUCAAUCUCGUUAGUUCCCCCUCGAUAUUUCUUUUUCCGCAUAUCAAGACGGCAGCGGAGCGGGCGGAGUGGUUACAACGUCUGCCGCUCCGUUUUGAAGUUCAAAUCUUGCCUCCGUCCUUCCCGUGUGGAGUUAGCGUGUUCUUCCUGUGCUUGUGUGUUUUUUUUCUGGGUACUCCGGCUUCCUCCCACAUCCCCCAAAACACGCCUCUUAGGUUCAUUGAAGACUCUAAAUUGUCCAUAGGUGUGACCGUGAGUGUAAAUGGUGGUUUGUCUAUCAAUUGGCUGGUGUACCCUGCUUCUCCAUCCAGAAAAAUGGAUGGAUAUGAAGACAUGAAUGGCCCGUCCACCAAUAGAGAAGCAAAGUGUGAUUUAGGUGACUACAAAUAGUAUAUCUUUGGUCAUCUAUCUAUGCCAGCGAUGUACAGUGACAGGCAGAAGAUUACUCUUCCACUAGAUGGCAAAAAGUACAAUGGUGUAUCCAUGAUGAUUUCAUGAAUUAAACUCUUUGUGACAUUUUAGUUUGGUGGCGUGCCAUGAGAUUUUUGUAAUGUAAAAUAUGUGCCUUGGCUCAAUAGAGGUUGAGAAAAACGUGGCUCUGGGUGAAUAGACGCAACUCCAAAAUCUUCCCGAAAGUCUUCCCAUUAGCCGUCGUACCGGCAACACUUUCCAUACUUUCUUCCGUUUCGCUUACCGUUGACGUGAUUUCGAUGCCAGGUGUCCCGAUACUUUUGUCCAUAAAAGAUACAUAUUGUUUGUGAUGACGUCUGUGACUUAGCUCCCUCCUUUUUCCGCGCGGUUUUCUCAAUAAUCGUUUUGCCUUCACGAUUGUCCAAAUUUGAAAACGGCCUGCUGCUUUUCCUCGCCGCUCUCUUUUCGAAGCCAUGACGUCGCCGCGCUGCACCCGGUUCAGUCGUGCUCAGGGAAAACUGCAGCUGCACUGUGUGCUGGCGACCCGCCGCUUUAGUUUCACUUUCACUCCUGAAGCUUGUUUGCAUGGCUUGCCGCGAUUGGUUACUGGUUGGCGUUGCGUUGAACCAGCUAUGUAAAAGGUCGCGCAUCCAUGACCUUAACCAUUACCACGCAGUACAGUGUGGGUCGGUUCAGUUCGUUCAGCUUUGUCCGUGUUAAAUUGUGAUAUCUCGUCCACAAAUACAGUGGUACCUUGACCUAGUCAGAAGUCAGAAACAACGACAACAACGCGGCAUUCCAGUAUUUAUUAUUGUUAUUAUUAUUAUUAUUUUAAAUUGUGUCAGUGGCUAUAAUGGCCUUUGUUUUUGCGGCGAAAGCAGAGCAGCACGAUUUCGGCCCACUCUCACACAUAUCAGAUUGUCAUUAGAUGCUAUCCCUUUAUCGUGAAUAUGGAGCCAAAGACCAGAGCAAAGAAUAUUAUGCGCAUUCACACAAUUUGACGAGGAAGCUAUGAUACUUUGAUCGAUUUUGGAUGAUUUCCGAUGAUAGUUAUUGUUAGUUGCCAACUCGCCAUCUUUUUUUGGUAUUCAUCUCCUCCCCCGAGAGUGCUUCUGCCGAAUGUUUAAAUAUAAUGAUCCAUUUGUUAAAAUGGAGAAAAAUCCACCAUGAGGAUGUCUGUGAUAGUGUUAUGUUUUGUCUCCUUUUGUUGGUUCUGUUCGACUUUUUGGAUCUUAUUUGCCAUGCUUGCAUGUAUUUAUGCCGCUGCAUGGAAGACAAACUGUAUAUUCCCAGGACCCUGAAUCUGAACUGACUUUGUCCUGUGUAGCCUCUGGUUCUUUUAGCGUGUCUUUAGAUGCAUGUUGUCUCAGUGAACCGUCUUGACAAAGUGUGUAUGUGUGUUAUUUUUAUUUAUUCAAAUGUGAGUGUGUCAAAGUAGUCAAGUUUCAUCUCCAGAGAUGAUUAUUUUCAAAACAUGAGCGCCAUUUUUAAAAUUCCACGUUUGUCUCAGAGGAAAGCAACCGUCAUUAAUGGGGGAAAAAAACAAAAACAACAAAACCUUUACACAUAAGGGCUUAAUCUGAUUAUUCAUGAUGACCCUGUCUGCCGUACGUAUUGACAUGGAUUGCUAUGCAUUUUCAACAUUCAUUUUCAGUGCUUUUCCGUUGUGCACGAAAAAUCCAAAAAUGUCAAGUAUAUUAAUUGGAAUCUUGCACAGGAAAGAAGAGCGUGCUCUUCAAUCCCUGAAAUUCAUUUACAUUUUUUUCUAUUUGAAAAAACUAACUCUCAACCAUUAUUGACUAUUUCAAUAAUGUUUAGUGUCGAAUGACUUGAUGAAUGCGCUGUACAGCGGGCAGAGGCUUCAUGAUCAUACUCCUCUGGGCUUCUGUGUCUUUGCUUUUGAAUGAAACACUUCAAUGUUUAAGAUGCUUGUACAAAGAUUGUGAAUAUAAAUGAUCAUUUUCAAGAGCUUUGCUGUUCUGGCUUGCGGGAAUGGACGAGCGAUUGUGCGCGCGCGCUUCCUUGUGUUGAUUGUAUUGUCUUUGGAAUGUCCAGAUAGGGGGGAAUAAAAAUGAAAUUCCCCUUUAGAGUUUUGACCUUUGACAGUGCGGUCGAAUGCUCAGUGUUUCUGUACCACUUCAGUGUCAGUGAAGCAACAUUUAAUGAUCUCAGGCUUACGUUUUUGCCAUUUUAAAGGAAGAAAUCCAAAGCUGUGACAACUCUGAAACACACUGUUAUGGAACGCAAGUGGUUCCCAUUGACGUAUGUGUAUUGUGUAAAAAUAAACCAAUCCUGGCAUCCAUGACUAACUUUUAGAUACACAAUCGCGUUUCAGUUCUACAAACGGGUCUCUCUGAAAAACAAUGUAUUAUGUAAACUAUAAACUGUAUUUAAUUGAUAGAAUGGUGCUGAUUGUUACAAGGUGAUAUAAACUCUUCAAUGAGUCGUCGUGGCUCAAUUGUUUUGUUAAAGUACUUCAGUAGCUCGUUCAUGCAUGCUCGCUCACCCCAUAAGUUUCGACGGACUUUCUGCCACCGAAAUGUCACUCCGCCACGCAAGCACCCAUCGCGCCGACACGCCCAGUGUGGCGCAGACGGGUCUGCCAAAUUGGCAAAAAAAUGCCAGCGAGUCUUCAACACACGUUGCGCAGUCUACGAAAAAUAAUAGAGCCCAAAGAGCAAAGUGUGGUUGAAUAAGUUGGACAAAAUAUCGUGGAUUUGUACCUAUUGAACCCCGCGAUAAAGGAGGGUUCAAAGUAUUGGCUUAUCUCAACAUAAUUAGGUAAUUUGCCUCAAGAGGUAAAACAAGCGUAAAACUAUUUCACAGAACCCAAUUAGGGCCUCGGCUAUUGUUUGUGAGACUGAAACUCAACACGGCGGUUGUUGUCGUGACCCACUGGCUGUCCGUGUGUUCAUCCUCGCCCAUCCGGUGCGCCACCGUCACGCUCAACGACACCCUCGCGUCUCGUAACGGGCGCCGCCUGCCGCUCUGAUGCUUGUGACUUUGCGUGUCCAUGGGGCUUGUAUAUCGGAUGCCUUCGACAAUCAUGUGCACAUAUCAGUUACCGUGACGACACAG